AUUUAUCUCAAUGAUCGGAAGGGUACAUAUUGUAGAUCUUUUCAAGAAGAUAAACCAUGUCGAAAAUCAUAUUAAUCGAACACUGAUCAAAAUGCAAUCGGAGAUGAUUUGAGUGAAAUUGUUUCUUUUAAAAUGGAAAUGGAAACACUGUAUCAAGCCCCUUUUAGCCAAGAAUAAUUUCGAUAAACCCUCCUUCCCCUGUAAACCUCCGGCAAUGUCCAUUUCCCGACUUUUCCUCUCGUUUUCUCAGCAACCAAACGGCACAAAACCAGUUUUGCUCUAGUUUUGUUUGAUAACUUUGAUUACUCAAAGUCUUCGGGUCAGUUUAUGAGCACUUCGACGAAUCCCGUGGACCAAUCCACCGUCCACCUCGAUCGUUUUUGUUUGAUAUCUCAGUUCUGCUCUAAUUUACCGUUGCAGUCGUCUUCGAUUACGAUUCGGUGAUAUCUUUUUUGAUAACUCAAUUUUCCGGCCACCUGGGCUAUUAUUUUUGUAUUGCUCGAUUGUGCCGUAAUUGACCAAUGUGGUCAUCUUCGAUUUCGAUUCAAUACCCACCUUCCCAUUUUCAACCCACGCCAUUUGGUGUACUCCGCCAUGUUUCAAACCCCAGUAGUUUAUUGCGAUUUCCAAAAUCUUCCUUGAUUUGCUGCGGCCUCCGCGAACUUCGAAAUCGGAUCAACUCCGUGAAAAGCACCCAGAAAAUCACUGAAGUAAUGAAGCUUGUAUCAGCCGCUAAAAUCCGGCGGGCCCAAGAAGCCGUGAUCAGCGGCCGACCCUUCGCCAAAGCCCUUGCCGAGUUCUUGUACUGUAUCAAUGAACAGCUUCAGUUGGAAGAUGUAGAUGUUCCUUUAACUAGUGUUAGGCCUGUCAAGAAAGUUGCCCUUGUUGUUAUCACAGGGGAAAGAGGCCUAUGUGGGGGUUUCAAUGCCGAAAUUCUCAGAAAGGCCGAAGCAAGGGUUGCAGAAUUGAAGGGAAUGGGGGUAGGUUGUGUUGUUAUUAGUGUGGGGAAAAAGGGUAAUGUUUAUUUUCGCCGAAAGGGUGAUGUUGAGGUUGAUAGGUUUGUUGAGGGAGGGAGUUUUCCUACAGCAAAAGAAGCUCAGGUUAUUGCGGAUGAUGUGUUUUCGCUUUUUGUAAGCGAAGAGGUAGAUAAGGUUGAGCUUUUGUAUACGAAAUUCGUAUCGUUGGUUAAGUCUGAUCCCGUGAUUCAUACAUUGCUUCCAUUGUCGGCCAAGGGAGAGGUUUGUGAUGUGAAUGGGAAAUGUAUCGAUGCCAGUGAAGAUGAAUUCUUUAGGUUGACGACCAAGGAAGGGAAGUUGGCUGUUGAGAGAGAGACCGUGCGGACCAAGAAAGAGGGGUUUGCUCCCAAUAUGCAGUUUGAGCAGGACCCAGUUCAGAUUCUGGAUGCAAUGUUGCCUCUGUAUUUGAAUAGUCAGAUUCUGAGGGCAUUGCAGGAAUCAUUGGCGAGCGAGCUUGCGGCAAGAAUGAUUGCGAUGAGGAGUGCAACAGAUAAUGCUGUAGAGUUGACGAAAAAUCUUUCAAAUGCUUAUAACCGGGAAAGGCAGUUGAAAAUCACUGGUGAGAUAUUGGAGAUUGCUGCUGGAGCUGAGGCACUUGAAGAGUCUCGCUAGUUUUGCAAUGUUGUUUUUUCAAAUUGUUUCUUACGCGACGCUUUUGUUAUUCAUUCAACAUGCUUCUUGCUUCAAGAAUCUUAUGUAUAACAGAAUUAAGAAACAGCUUAUGGAUUUAACUCAUGUAACUGAGUAGUCGAUUUUACUAGAGUGAGGAUUACAGGUGGAUUUAAAUCAGAAGCUUUUUCUACCUUGUUUCAGUAUUCCAGUGGAGUAUCUAUGUUUCUCUUAUCGCCCAUAAUCAAGUAAAUAGAAUUUUACUUUAUGCAUUUUUGUCAA